GGCAGAAUCUUUGGCAGAACUUUUAACAGAACCUGUGACAGAACAUUUGGCAGAACUUUUGGGAAAAGGGCGCUUAUGUUUCGGACUCGUUCUCUGUUUAAGCAGGAUGGUCACAUGUGGAGGAAACAUCCCGCCCAUUUUGAAGUUUUUUCUACUAUUACUCCGAAGCUCUGGGAGCCUAGAUGGAUAUGACGUACAAACGUACAUAGUAAUUAUGUACAUCGUAUCCGUACAUGCGCACACACGUAUUUAUUUGAAGGGCAUCUUCGCUGCAUCCUUGGUAAACUGCUUUUACCAGUGAAGAGAACAACUCAGAACGACCCAGACUCAAGUCAUGUAUCAGCCAGAGAAUGAAGAGCAGCCCAGACCCGGACCCGAACUCAGGCCCAGGCCCAGACCCAGACCCAGACCCGAACUCAGGCCCAGACCCAGACCCAGCUUCUUCGGGGGUGUCCUGGGCGUUGUCGGUGGGGUUACAACUGAGUACCUCCUGAUGAAGCUGGCUCCUGAUUGGAUGAACACUCAGAGAGGGCAGAUUGUUCAAGACCUGCUGCAGAGAGGGAAUUCUGCUGCUCAAAUCUCUCUGAGGUCCCCUGUGAAAGAGUUUCUACCAGGGUCUUUCCCUGAGCCGUUUCGCGAUCUCAUUGCCGAGGCUGUGGUGGAUGGAGUUGUGUUCGGGGUUCAAUGUGUCCUUGAAUUCAUGAGUUCUUCACUCAGAUGUAUUUAUUAAAUUCCCCAGAUUAAAUGUCAGUUCGAUAAACGGUUAUUUAAUUCACACAUUCU